UUGAUCAGAUUAGGUUUGCUACAAAGUAAAAGUGACAUUAAACAAAACUGUAUUUUGCCAGGAAGUCCCUGUGAUCCUCUCCAGAUCCUCUGUGGGAUCCCUUGACCCCAGUUUGGGGAGCACUGCUGAAACCCAAAACUGUGUGUAUGGAAAACACAAAACGUCAUGAAAGAUAUUGACACUGUGGGGGGUGAGAAAGAUGAAAAGUGGGUUGUCAAUGAAGAAAAUGAAGCGGAGGCUCCAAUGAGGCGUAGCUUCUCGGUAGAAGACCUCCUUGAUGAGGUGGAGAAGAUCUGUUAUGAUGCCUCAGGGACUUCAAAGGUGGAGAUGGUGGUGAGGCUGUGGAAGGAUGGCUUCACUGUAAACGAUGAGGAGUUUCGCAGCUACUCCGUACCAGAAAACCAAGACUUCCUGGAUGCCAUCAAAAGGGGGGAGCUUCCGGCAGAGUGGGAGAGCAGAGCAGAAGAGGAAGAGCUGGAGAUCAGCGUGGAGGAUCUGACAGAGGAGAAUUAUGUUCCCAAGAAAAAAGCCUUUCACCCAUUCAGUGGUCGAGGAUACCGGCUUGGCAGUGUUGCACCCAGAGUAGUGGCCAGGUCACCAUCUGUGCACGAGGAUGGAGAAUCUCCUCCUAUUCCCAUGGUAACACUAGACCACACCCUUCCUGUUACCUCCCUGCAGAUCUGGUUGGCUGAUGGCAGGAGAUUGGUACAGAGGUUUAACCUAUCACAUCGGAUCACUGAUGUUCAAGAUUUUGUGGCACGCUGCCAGAGGAGCUGCCCACCUUUCAUCCUGACGACAUCACUUCCCUUCCGAGAGCUCAACGACAAAGAGUUAAGUCUUGAGGAGGCGGAUUUGGCGAACGCUGUCAUUGUCCAGAGACCCCUGAACACACAGGCUCCGUUUGGACACUCCUGACCAAUCGGGCCCCAUAAUAUACACAACACACCACCCACCCCUCUGUUGUUGUUUCUUGUUUUUUUUUUGGUUUUUAUAGAUGGAUAGCUGAUAGUAGACAAGCAGACAGGAAAGAGAGGGGGGCAUGACAUGCAACAAGGGUCCCUUGACACGCAACCAAAGUCGGUUGUGUGUCAUGCGCAGUAACCACUCGGCUACCAGGGCGCUCCACCGCCCACCCCUCUUGACACCUCACCAUCCCUCUGAUUGUGGUCUCAAGGCCUCCUAUACCGUAACUUAUCACCUUCCUCAAUUCAGCAGUUUGUGCUGCACUUGAUGAUUGUUAUCUCCCUGUACAGUCUCUGUGUGGGAUUAUUUACAGUCUAAUGGAGAUGUUGUAAGUUAGUUACAAACAUCUCAACCAUCCCAGGUGCUGCCAAGGGUGCUGUUGUCAAUGCUUACUUUGUCUUCUUCCUCCCGAGGACGGUGUUUACCUGCCAGAAGAUCUCCCUAAAUCCCUAAACUGCAAGAAAAUGUCACCCAUGCAGAUGGUCAUCCAUGCGUGUCCAUCUGUUGGUCUACCACAUGUAACCCCCCCCCCCCCCCCCCCCCCCCCCCC